GGCGGCCAGAGGCUUUCGCUGAGGGAGCGACUUGGUUGGUUUCGUGCGCUGCUUGUGUUGUGGAUACUGUGGAAUUCUGGUGGAACUCUCGAAUCCCUGGACCAUUAGCACUACGAACGACAAAUCCGAUUCGAUAGCUAGGCAAACGCUAAGAUGGUGGCGUCGAUGUGCGGGCUCUUCUGCCUGAAAUGUCUUCUGUAUAUUUUGAACACGAUUUUGACGAUAAUGUCGAUCGUCAUCGUCUGCGUAGGAGCCGGAGUGCUGUUCGUCCUGAGACAAGUAGACGGUGGAGGUACGCCAGAUUUCGAUCUGGCCCAUCUCAGCACGGCGGGGAUUCUCAUUGUGAUCGUGGGCGUACUCAUCGUUCUAUUCGUGUUCUGUGGCUGCUGCGGCGCCUUCCUGGGAGCCGGAUGGAUGCUGAUAUGGUUCGCGGUCAUCAUGGGCUGCUUGCUGAUCGUCGAAUGCGUGAUCCUCGGAUUCGCUUGGAAGUAUUCAGAGCCGAGCAAGCUAGAAGAGGUAGUUUCAGCAACGUAUUCAGCUCUCCUAGACGGCGCGGUGAAAACAAGACAAAUCAAUGAACAAGCUCAGGCAGGAGCAGCCGCUCUCCUCAACUUCUUCCAAGAUAAACUUGAAUGCUGCGGGGACGUCGGUCAGAGCGAUUAUUCGAAGAGAGGUCUCGAUUUCCGGGACUUCUGUCAGCGUCCGAAUAACAACGGCUACUACUCCCGCGGAUGCACCAAGGUGACCGUGGAUUUCUUCCAGAAGCACAGUCAUACGAUGGGAGGUGUUGUCGUCGGGACCAUGGCUUUCCAGCUGCUGGCUAUAUGCUUAGCGAUUUUCCUCUACUUCACCAUAGCCUGAACGAACUCGAACCCUCAUGGGAAUCUGUCGGAGGAAGUGACCGGUUUCCUUUUUUCGACCGGUGGGCAUUUAUCAUGAAGCUGUUCUGAGGGAGAACAGCGUGACGAGAGAAGUUCAUAUGAGAAAGCUGGGAGGAGAACUACGUUAUCAAGGAGUGAGAUCUAAAUCGGAGAUAGAGCCCAGGAAACGCUAUUGGUGUGCCAAGGCAUAGCCACCCCUGUGGGGUGACAAAAAAUUUGAUCCAGGGGAAAUAACUUGUGCAAGGGACGGAGUUUCAGAUUUCGAGGCAUGACCGAUGUCGCCUCGGUGGUCAUGGGGUUCUUCAAGCUAAUGGCGAAGUUCAAAGAGUCUGAAUGUCAGCGAAAGAUCAAGUACAUAGAUAUAAGCGUUCGUUCCUGAUCGCACGUUGUAUGGUGUUCGACGCAAUUUCGUAAUUGGCGGAACCUUCAACGAGCGGACCUUCAUCUAUAUCCUACAUAUUGUACAUAUAAAGCCUGGGUGGUCUGUUGUGUGCUUUUGCUGUUCUUGCGCGAUCGCAGUCACGCCAUUGAUUCUAUGCAUAAAUACAUAGAUGUAGGUAUUUCAAUAUGGAGUUCUAUGGAUUGGUUUACGGUUUGAAUCGAAUUAGUUUGAUUGAAUGGUGGCUUCUGUGAUCUCAGAAUCGAUCGAUUUUGAGCUUACUUCGCUAGCUGGGUAGCUGUUCCGUAAGGUUUCCUCCUGAAUAUGGAUGAUCUGAAUGAAAUGUUGAUUGGUCGACAGGCGCUAAUCACCCGGUUGAUCUAUCGAUUCUUUCUACAUCUAUUUGUGCGGCUGCUUGUGAGAAUGAGUGAACCAAUAUAGGGAGCAAGCGUAAUACCUUCGGAGCCGAUCUAAUUGAGAGAAUAUUUUUGAAUAAAAC